GUAACACGUACGGCGGGGCUUCGCACACGUGAUGAAGUCUAUUAAUGUAGUGAUUUGUGGUUGGAAUCAAAUUACAGCAUCUGUAAUAAAGAUGCUCAGGAAACAUAAAAGUGUGAAUAUAAUUGGAUACUGGUGUGAGUCUUCGAGCAACCAAAUUCAUGCAGAUGUUGCUGGUAUGAAAGUUAUUAGUGAGCCUUUUAAAGAUCUAAUAUCGAAUAAAGAUAUACAGUUUUUAUUUCUUUGUGAUACUCCGGUCAAUCAACGCAAUCUUGUCUCAAUAAUUGAUUGCUUGAGCAAAAAACAGUUUGCUUCGGAUACGGUAUUGCAAGACAUCCCUUAUAUAAUUAUUUUUCCUCCCGUAUCACCUAAUUAUGAUAUGGACAUGUUAGAGAAAGUCAGAAUUCGUGUUGGCUUCGCCAUGCCCUUGAGAAACCUACCUUUAUCUACCCUUUUGUUCACUCACCUCAACUACAAUCAUAAAGAAAUGAAAGCACUCAGGAAUUACGAAUUUACUCGACUCCCUACACAUUGGGUUUUAGGAACUAUAGAAAGCAUCCAUAUAAGAUUGUCCACAGUCAGUUUUAUUGAUGGUAGUGAGUACUCAUGGUUAUCUGAGUCGGAAGAUAUGGGUGGAGGACUGCUGAAUAUGUUCUGUCCAGGUCUUAUUGACCUUGUUUAUUUCCUUUCUGGAGGGCUUCGGAUAACUUCACUUACGAGUAUUUGCCGAAUAUUCGGUAAAGGAACAAGCGAUUUGAGUCAUUCUAUUCGCCAUAUCUCUGCAGAUGACUACGUCACUAUAAUGGGCGAACUCGACAUACCAACAUUACCCGGAUUUCGUAAACCAGUAGUCGUCAUAAUUCUUUCAUCAGAUAUCCCUUUCCCAAAAAAUAGGAUGAGUGAUCUCCCUGAAGCUCAUUUUUAUGACAAUCAUUGUUUCAGACUGGAAAUAGAAAUUAGUGGAUCAACUGGUAGCUUCUUGAUUGAUGAAGGCAAAAGGCGAAUUUCAUGGACACCUCGAAAAGCAGUCUCGUCAAAGCCUAGUAAACUGAACAACAAACUAACUCAGUUGGACUGCGAAGAUCACUACCAUGACAAACGACCUGGGAAUAUAGAGGAAUCUGAAGGAGUGUAUACUGAGGACGUAUUAGUCAGCGCUAUUGGUAGCAACGUGCCUCGAACUCAGGUUCCUACGAUGCUAAACGUCAAUCUCGAUGAGGAUGGAAUGACAGAAAUAGUUCAUCUAUCAUUAAACGACUCACUACAUGACUCGGAAUCAGUAAAGAGUGCUCAACAUUGUUAUCUAUCCGCAACUGGAGAAGCAUGGACGAACUGGAUAAGUGGUUUAACCAAAAGCUUUUGUCCGGAGUGGAAAUCAUUCGAGUUUUUAUCGGCAAGCCCCGGCCAUUGGGUUUACAUUCAGUCAGUUAUGCAUGCGAUAACCAAAUCCACACAACUUAGAUGUUGGAUCGACGUCCAAACUGGCAAACGCAUAUGAUAGCUUUCGUAGUGUUAUUGCAGUGAAAAUCAGGAAAAAAUACGUCUCACGGCCAUACUUUACAAAACUCAAGAAAACACCUAACAUCAAGUUAACAAGGGUUGGUCUAUGGGUCCAACAAAUUAAAACGGGAUUUUUAUUCAAGUCCUAGAAAUCGAUUAUGUAUUAUUAACUGAUUUAUUACAAAACGCUUGUUUUUCGUGCUUAUCGAAUAAAUGUUUAAACUCAGG